GACUCUCGCUCGCUGUCUCCGUCCACCGUUUGUCGCUCUCUAUUCUUCAAGUUCAAAACUCCGAAAACAGAAACUGAAGGAACAGAUUCUUCGCUUGAAAACGUGGAAAGGAAUUUCCAGAGAAAACAGCGAGAAACUGCGUAGUUUUAAAAAAGGGAAAGGAAAAGGAGAUGACAGUCAUAGACUUGAUCACGAGAGUUGACGCGAUUUGCAAGAAGUACGACAAGUACGACAUCGAUAAGCAAAAGGCGGUUAACGUCGCCGGUGAUGACGCUUUCGCUCGCCUUUACGGCGUCGUUGAUUCCGAAAUCGAUGCCGCUCUCCAGAAAUCUGAAGCUGCUGCAACGGAAAAGAAUAGGGCUACAGCGGUUGCUAUGAAUGCGGAAAUUCGAAGAACCAAAGCUCGAUUGCUUGAAGAACUCCCCAAAUUACAACGACUCGCUCUCAAAAAGGUGAAGGGGAUUUCGAAAGAAGAGCUUGAAGCUCGAAACGAUUUGGUUUAUUCACUGAAAGAUAGGGUUGAUUCAAUACCAGAUGGAUCAUCAACUGCAACUAAGCAAAGUACUGGUGGUUGGGCAACUUCAACUUCCUCCACCGGCAUUAAAUUUGAUUCAUCUUCAGAUGAGAGAUUCACAAGUGAGUACUUUCAACAAACUGAAGAGUCUGACCGCUUCAGGCAAGAAUAUGAAAUGCGCAGAAUGAGACAGGAUCAAGGUUUGGAGGUUAUAGCUGAAGGUUUAGACACCUUGAAGGAUAUGGCUCAUGAUAUGAAUGAGGAAUUGGACAGACAAGUGCCACUAAUGGAUGAAAUAGAUGACAAGGUAGACAGGGCAACCUCUGAUUUGAAAAGCACGAAUGUGAGACUUAAGGAUACUGUACACAAGCUGAGGUCAAGUCGCAACUUCUGCAUUGAUAUCAUCCUCUUAUGUAUAAUUCUUGGAAUCGCUGCCUAUUUAUACAAUGCGUUGAAAUGAGACAUAACCACGAGGAUUAUGCUCUUCCAUCAUGGCAUAUGGUAGGAGUUUGUAUGGGUUUUGAAUAAACUCUCCUCUUUAAGGGUGUGUACGGAUUAUGAGACAAAUAUUUGUUGUACGUAAUUAUAUAUAUAUUUGCACGUAAUGUUUGUAGCUAUGUAUUGUACUUUCCAGUGUUAAAUACGAGUAUUAACAAACGUAGUUCCAUGAA